AUGUCAUACCCAGGCUAUCCCCCCACAGGCUACCCACCUUUCCCUGGAUAUCCCCCUACGGGUCAGGAGUCAUCUUUCCCCCCUCCUGGUCAGUAUCCUUAUCCUAGUGGUUUUCCUCCAAUGGGAGGAGGUGCCUACCCACCAGCACCGAGUGGUGGCUACCCAGGAGCUGGAGGCUACCCUGCCCCUGCUGGUUAUCCAGCCCCCGGAGGCUAUCCCGGCGCUCCGCACCCAGGCGGGGCUCCAUCCUAUCCUGGAGGCCAAGGGUUUGGAGCCCCACCAGGUGGAGCAGGCUUUCCUGGCUAUCCACAGCCACCUACACAGUCUUAUGGGGGUGGCCCAGCACAGGUCCCGCUACCUGGUGGUUUUCCUGGUGGAGCGAUGCCAUCUCAGUAUCCUGGAGGACAAUCUCCCUACCCUAGUCAGCCUGCUGCAAUGACUCAGGGAACUCACGGAACAAUCCGACCUGCUGCCAAUUUCGAUGCCAUGAGAGAUGCUGAAGUUCUUCGUAAAGCGAUGAAGGGUUUUGGUACAGACGAGCAGGCAAUUAUAGAUGUUGUGGCUAAUCGUUCCAAUGACCAAAGGCAAAAAAUUAAAGCAGCUUUUAAGACCAUGUAUGGCAAGGAUUUAAUCAAAGAUCUUAAAUCAGAGUUAAGUGGGAAUAUGGAAGAACUGAUCCUUGCCCUCUUCAUGCCGCCUACGUAUUAUGAUGCCUGGAGUUUACGGAAUGCGAUGAAGGGAGCAGGAACUCAGGAACGUGUGUUGAUUGAAAUUUUGUGCUCAAGAACAAACCAGGAAAUCCGAGAAAUAGUCAGAUGUUAUCAAUCAGAAUUUGGACGAGACCUUGAAAAGGACAUUAGGUCAGAUACAUCAGGGCAUUUUGAACGUUUACUUGUAUCCAUGUGCCAGGGAAAUCGUGAUGAGAACCAGAAUGUUAACCACCAGCUGGCUCAGGAAGAUGCUCAACGUCUCUACCAGGCUGGUGAGGGGAGACUAGGGACAGAUGAGUCUUGCUUUAACAUGGUUCUUGCCACAAGAAGCUUUCCUCAGCUGAAAGCUACCAUGGAGGCCUAUUCCAGGAUGGCUAAUCGAGAUUUGUUAAGCAGUGUCAGCCGUGAGUUUUCCGGAAAUGUUGAAAGCGGUUUGAAAACCAUCUUGCAGUGUGCCCUGAACCGCCCUGCCUUCUUUGCUGAGAGGCUCUACUAUUCUAUGAAAGGCGCCGGCACUGAUGACUCCACCCUGGUCAGGAUUGUGGUCACUCGAAGUGAGAUUGAUCUUGUGCAGAUAAAACAGAUGUUCAGUCAGAUGUAUCAGAAGACGCUGGGCACAGUGAUUGCAAGUGACACGAGUGGAGAUUACCGAAAGCUUCUUCUGGCCAUUGUGGGCCAGUAG